UGCUGCUGCUGCCCGGGCCGCGCCGGACGGCCGCUCCGCUCGGCUCACGCUGAUCAUAUCUGCUGUUGAGGUUGCCAGCUUUUUGGCUAGGAAUGCAACUCUUCAUUUUAUGCAAGGAAACUGACAUAACUUGCUGCCUUGCCUGAAAUUACAUGAUUGAGAAAUGGCGGAGCUCUUCAUGGAAUGUGAAGAAGAAGAGCUGGAGCCGUGGCAGAAGAAAGUCAAAGAAGUCGAAGACGACGACGACGAUGAGCCCAUAUUUGUUGGAGAAAUUGCAAGUUCAAAACCAGCAAUUUCAAAUAUUUUGAACAGAGUAAAUCCCAGCUCCUACUCGAGGGGAGUAAAGAAUGGCGCACUGAGUCGAGGUAUUACUGCUGCAUUCAAGCCUACAAGUCAGCACUACACGAACCCAACAUCAAAUCCUGUGACUGCCUCGCCAGUAAAUUUUCAUCCUGAAUCUAGAUCGUCAGAUAGUUCUGUUAUUGUUCAGCCUUUGUCUAAACCUGGCUUUGUAAUGAACUCAUCACGAGUUGUAUCUAGUAAUUCUUCAGAGUUACUGUUUGACUUGACCCAAGAUACAGGAUUAUCUCAUUACCAAGGGGGAACAACUCUUUCUAUAACAGGUGUGAGUGAAAAUCCAUUUCUGUCAAAACGUCCUUCUGCUUCAGAAGUUAACAUUGUUAGUUCCAAAAAGCCUAAACCUAGUGAAGGUGAUGCUGGCACAAAUGCCUUACCUAUAUUUCCUACAGUUCAGUGUCCUCCUAUGACCCCCCCGCUGGUCAUGCCAUCACAAGGUGCAAAUACUUCAUCAAAUCAAUCCAAAAAUGGAACACCUUUUCCAAGAGCCUGUCCAAAAUGUAACAUUCAUUUCAAUCUUUUGGAUCCUUUGAAAAAUCACAUGAAGUACUGUUGUCCAGAUAUGAUAAAUAACUUUUUGGGACUGAAUAACACAGAGUUCAGUUUAGAAAAUACAAAUAUGACUGUUGAUUCAGAGAAAGGAAAAUUGAUCAUGUUAGUGAGUGACUUUUACUACGGCAAGUGCGAAGGAGAUGCCCAGGAAGAGCAGAAGACUCACACGACUUUUAAGUGCUUCAGUUGCUUGAAAAUCCUUAAAAAUAAUAUUCGGUUUAUGAACCACAUGAAGCACCAUUUGGAACUGGAGAAGCAGAGCAGCGAGAGCUGGGAAAACCACACCACCUGUCAGCACUGCUACCGCCAGUUCCCCACGCCGUUCCAGCUGCAGUGCCACAUUGAGAGCACGCACACCCCACAUGACUUUUCCACCAUCUGCAAAAUCUGUGAAUUAUCCUUUGAAACAGAGCAUAUUCUUUUGCAACAUAUGAAGGACAAUCAUAAGCCCGGUGAAAUGCCAUACAUUUGCCAGGUUUGCAGUUAUAGGUCUUCAGCAUUUUCUGAUGUGGAAAGUCAUUUUAGAGCAUCCCAUGAGAACACCAAGAACUUGCAGUGUCCCUUCUGUCUCAAAGUCAUUAAGAUCGCCACGCCUUACAUGCACCACUACAUGAAGCACCAGAAAAAAGGAAUACAUCGCUGUACAAAAUGCAGGCUGCAGUUUUUGACAUGCAAAGAGAAAAUGGAUCAUAAGACUCAGCAUCAUCGAACAUUUAUCAAGCCCAAGCAACUAGAAGGGUUGCCUCCUGGAACAAAAGUCACAAUUCGAGCUUCAGUUGGGCCUGUUCAGUCAGGAUCUUCAGCUACACCUUCCGUCUGUGCCAGCACGUCCACCCUUCAGCUUUCACCUCAGACGAAGAUCGUUGCCACCAAAAAUCCCACUAAAGUCAAUAUGAGUAAACCUGACAUGACUAAACCCAGUGCAAGUAAGCCCAGUGCAAGUAAACCUGGUGAGAACAAGCCCAAAGGCAAAUCCAAAGGCUCUCAUGUGCAAAAGAAACUAAGCACACUGGCAAAUAGCAGUAAGAAAAGUAAAGUCAAUACAGCAUUGAGGAACUUAAGGUCUCGUCCAGGAACCCAUAAGUGUAUUGAAUGCUGUUCAGAAGUCAAAGAUUUUUCAAAUCAUUUUCCUACAUAUGUCCACUGCAGUUUCUGCAGAUAUAACACUAGCUGUAGCAAAGCCUACGUAAAUCAUAUGAUGAGCUUUCAUAGUAACCACCCAAGUAAAAGAUUUUGUAUUUUUAAGAAGCACUCAGAAAAUCUCAGGGGCAUUACUCUAGUGUGCCUUGAUUGUGAUUUCGUAAGUGAUGUUUCUGGCUUAGAUAACAUGGCUACACACUUAAGUCAACAUGAAACGCAUACAUGCCAAAUUAUACUAGACAAAGUUUCUGUUUGUAUCCCAACUUCUGAACAUCUUUCUGAAUUUAAAAAUGGGGACCCCAGUAAGGAACAAGAACCUGUUUCUGAGGGAAUUACAAGGCCUAAUACUCCUGAAGGAGAAACAGAAGCAUCAAAUUCUGACAGUAAGCAAGAUAGAGCUUCUUCAGAGAAAGAAAAAACUGAAUGUGCUGCAGAUUCACUAGAUGACUCGACAAAAAGUCAAGAAAACCUGACAGUUUCGGAGAAGAAAAAUGACACCUGUCUUGACGACCAGGCAGCCGGCCCAGAGGGCACCAUCAGUAGUGAUCCUAGCACCAGUACAGAUGAGGUGGAAAAGGACAAACAAAUAGAGCACUUUUGUCAGGAAAGGGAAUCAGAAACAUGCCACAGUCCAGAAAACACCAUGUCGAGUACUCAGGCUGAAGACCCCAGCUCCAGUGGCGAAGCAGCGGUGCCUUCAGAGAUCAUCAGCGACCUGCAGUUCACAUGCGGUAAUGGCGGUGGUGAUGCCAGCUUCAAUCAGUUUUUGAAGAAAACAGAUGAACCUGGACCUGGAAGUUCUGAUGCCAGCGAGCAGGACAAUGUCCACUUGGAACCUUUGACCCCAUCAGAGGAGCUCGAGUAUGAAGCCACAGAGAUCCUUCAGAAGGAGGAGGGGUUCCCCUCAGUCACAACUAGUAAGGGCAUGCCUGAUCAGACAAAGGCCGGGCCCGCAGAAGCCAGCCCCAGCGCUCCAGAGGACAAGGUAGAUAAAGCAGGGGAACAAGAAAGAAGCUGAGAUCAGUCGCCCCGAGUUUUAGCAUCCCAACUCAGAGUGUUUAGAACAGCGCUGUCAGGCGAGCUCAGUGGUGCUGUAGGGCUCAGAAAGAGAACAGUGUGAGGGAUGCUCCUAGCGCUUGGCCUGUAUGCGCAGGCUGGCUUAGAAGAAAAAGCAAAAAGCCCACCAACAGUAGCACGACACUUGCAGCUUUCUAAGAAGGUUAAGAAAAAUGAAUAGGGUUUUCAUGAAAGUAAAGUCUGCGAUGAAAAAAAUCCCAUUAAGCGCUUUCCAAGGACCUAGAGCUCUGUUGCCAUGUGAACCACUUAUUAGAAUUUUAGGCGUAUUAAUAAAGCUUUUGAAACUUCUGUCAACCUAAGGUAAAGAUCCUUGUUGCUUCUCUCUCCUUUAUCAUUAAAGGAGCAGAGAGGACACCACAUACCUUUUGGGAAUAACUCAUUUAAAAUAAUGGCAGAUUUGGCAUUGUUAAUGAGAUUUUUAUAUUUAUUAUGAUACUGUUAAAUGGAGCAUGUUGAGAGUGCUAAAAGUAAUUGAUCCAAUGAGAAUUUGAAUGAACAAAACUUAAUUUUGGAUUUCAUGUAACACUCCAGACAGUCCGAGCAUGUAAACAGAAUAUUCAGAUUUUUGGACCUCCAUACAAGUGUUAGCCUGCCAGGCUGUAAGCUUCCCUUAAUUAAAACUUUCAGUGAAAGUGAAAUUAUUAAAAUAUAAAUUUAUAUUUGUGCUUUUUGUCAGUUUGUAAGCUGUGCAGAAAUUUGUUGAUAUACUUAGCUGUACAAAGUAGAAGCCCCACUGUUAAUAUUGCUGUAGUUAUUUUUGCUCUUAAUAUUAUUUUAAUGGUCAUCUUUAGAAAUAGACCCAUAAAAAAUGGUCUGGAAACCAAACCAAAGUAUGUUAUGAUGUAGAUACUGUAAAGCAGUUAACUAAAAAACAUGCCCUGAGCGAAUUCAGCCAUGUGUAAGUGACUCUUCUCUUUCGCUGUAAAAUAGAAAUUUAACAUGGGACCGAAAGCUGUAAUGGAACACUUGGUUUGAGGACAGUUCGCCUAAUUUAUCCAAAAACUGGCUGCUAAAUUGAUUUGUCAGUUGUUUUUUUAAUCACCUAGGAUAAAAUGUAGAGCUAAGUAAUAUGAAUAACAAUUGUUUGCUUUUAAAAACUAAAAUUUUUAUUUAACAUGCUACAUUUCUACUUAAAAUGUGCUUUUAGUUAUUAAAUUUUGUUUCACUGUAUGUUAAAUGUUUAAAUAGCAAUGAAAAUACUGCUGUACAUAAUAGUUUUUGAGUACAUAUUUGCAAUAAAAAUCUGUCCUUGAAUGAUUGCA